GGUUUCACUCAAUUUCUAAACAUUUUCUCCCUACUGAACAGGCGGUCCCAUGAGCUCAACCUGCCUCCACAGAGGAUAUUCGGGUCACUAGAGCAACAGGAUGAUCCCUCCACAGGGACAGGGCAAGUUCUGAUUGAAUCUGGGGGGGAAAUACAUUAUUUUGCUUUUAUUCCACCCCUUUUCUGUCGUAAGUGCAUUUUAUAAAGGGAUUUCAGUGGCAGAGAAUGCAUGUCGAAAUGAUCUGUUUACUGCUCUGUACUUGAGAGAGAGAGAGAGCGUGUGUGUGUGUGUGUGUGUGUGUGUGAGAGAGAAAGUAAGGGAUUAAUGAUUUGGCUUCCCUGACCAGCUUUCGUAGCGUGUGUGAUGGAGACACGAUCAGGAAUACGUAGAGAGUUGAAAACAGGAGGAUUGGAGGGUGAGUUGAGUUGAAUGCAUAUAGCUAAAUCAAAGCAGGAUAUUACAACUCUAAUGAGAGAAAGACAGACUUAUUAUAGCUAGGGAGUGUUUUCCAUGCGCCUCACACACACACUAAUGCAUGGAAUUAGUAUCUGGAGAAGGUUAGAGAGGCAGCAACUUCCUUAUUUGAGUGCGUGGGACGAGAGAGCGGGUGUGUCGCCUUUUGGAAAUUAAUGGACGUACUGUUUGGUGUGUGACGGACAGUGUCUCAGAGAGAGAGGUAUGUCGGAUGGUGGCCACAACCCGAGGGCUCUCCUGGAAUAAAGUGUUCUCUGUUAUUAGUUCUGAGGAAGAAGCUCUUUCUUUUGGACUAUUGGCUUUCUUCCUCUGUAUUUCUUAUUGUGGCUGGGGUGUGACAGUCGUGGAGUGAACCUGUAAGGAAAACUAAAGGGGAGACACCUGGGGAUGUAUUGUGAUUCUCAGUUGGAUGAUGGCACAAAGACAGGGAUGAUGAUUAUCCCAGGAUACUGCAGUGACAGAGGAGAGGCUUUCUCCUCACACCCAGCACCCAGACUAAAGCUCAAGAGGGUCAGAUUCAAGGAUCUUCAUGUGCCAGUAGGUGUGAUUGACAAUCCAGACAACAUGGACAGCCUGAAAAGGAACGUAUUGGAACAUAAUGGACGACAGACUCGCCAACACCAGGUCUUACAGAGUACUCCAUUGGACCUGAUCGAGAUGGGCAAGUCACUGAGGUUCCAAGCAGAGCACCCCCACCUGGUCAGUCUGGGUAGUGGCCGUCUCAGCACAGCCGUCACCCUGUUACCCCUGCAGGAAGGGAGGACGACCCUGGGCAGUGGGAACACAGACAUCCCUCUGCAGGGUCCAGGCAUCACUGAUCAACACUGCUAUAUCGACAAUAGGGCAGGCGAUAUCACCCUCAACCCCUGUGGGAACCAUUGCUCCAUGGAUGGUCUCCCCAUCUCCAAGCCUGUACACCUUUCGCAAGGGUGCAUGCUGUGUUUUGGUCAGUCAGCCUUUUUCCGCUUCAACCACCCAGAAGAGGCCCUCAGAAUGAAGAGCAUGCUGCCUGGAGGAAGCCAGGGGCCCAGCGCCUACAAGAGCCAUCACACAGACUCCCACACGGUGCUGAAUGGGAACCAUCAGCCUGCCCCCCAUGAGAGGACCCGUUCCGGCUCUGGCCCACACCCAGGCCCCCUGACCAGCACCAUAGAGAGGGACCUCCAGGACAUCAUGGACUCUCUGGUGAUGGAUGACCCCCAGUCCUCCGGGAAGCUGGCCCACCACCCCAUCCCUCAGUCCCCCCUCUCCCCCAUGCUGAAUGGGGGAGGACGUUACCUGCUCUACCCUCCCACCAGCCCUGGGGCCAUGUCCAUGGGCUCCAGCUAUGAGAACGUCUCCCCGCCCGGCCCCUUCUCCCCGCUCUCCUCUCCUCUGUCGGCUGCCAGUAGUGAUGCUUUCCCGGGGCCUGGUACUCCUCCAGUGCCUGCCCGCUCCUCCAGCUACACCCUCACCACCCAGAUCCCUGUCACCCAGCCACGUACCACCCCUCCUGGGGGCUACAGUGGACCUGCUGAUGUGCAGAGGGUCCCGGAGAGCCCCAGGCCUAUGAGGAGGGCCCUAGCGGAGUCCUUGCCAAGCCCCACUGCUUCCCGUAGAGGUGUGGGUCAGGACAGCCCAGUAGGCAGUUCAGAGACUCCUAGAGCAGUACAUGGACCAUCUCACAUCCCAGUCUCCAGCGCCAGACUAAACUCUAAGUUCUCUGGAUGUCAGGCAUCCAUGGCCCCCUCCAGCCCUAGGUUGAGGGUGGGUGGCUUAGGCUCUCGUCCUCCCAGCCCACAGCACCCCUUCCAGGCCCAGUCCCACACAGACAGCCCUCAGCAGACACGUAGGACCCCAGAGCCCUCUGGACCCUCCAGCCUGAGGGAGCUACCCCCUCCCAGCCCCUCCAUGUCUCGUAGAGGGGCUUCUCCAGCACAGGGAUCCCUCCAGGAUAGGGGGCUGCGAGCCAGGAGUCCCUCUCCCACCUCCGGGGGAGGCAGGCAGCAGAAGGGCAGCCCGGGUAUCGCCAUUACCCCAGCCUUGGGUUCUCUGUCUGGGUCUGGGACAGGAACUGGGCCCUCUCCUCUCACAAGCCCCCAGGGACAGAGGAAGAAGUCUGGUAGUGCUGGGGCCACCAGGGACCCAGCUGGAGCAUCUAGGGACCCCAAGGGGCCUAUACGGCCCCGGACCCGGGAACGCAAGAACAGCAUCUCAGAGAUCAGUGACAACGAGGAUGAGCUGCUGGAGUACCACCGCUGGCAGAGAGAGGAGAGACUCCGCGAGCAGGAGAUGGAGAAGCUGGUGGGUAUUCAGGAGCGACAGAGGUUGGAGACCAUCCUUAGCCUGUGUGCGGAGUACACCAACUCUCCCCAGUGUCUGGGUGGUGAGACAGGGAGUACAACAGGGCACUUCCCUGGACCAGGGGAGGGGGGCGCUAGAGAGAGACCCUGUACAGAGACAGGUGGUGGGGCGACUCAGCGAGGAGGAGUGACUCAGAGGCAGAGAGAGAGUGACGAGGAGAACCAGAGAGAGGAGUCCAGCAGCACAGAGAGCACUCACCAGGAGCAGGAAGACUCAGGGUCAGGGUUAGGUCUUGGUGUAUCAGGGUUAGGAUCAGGAUCAGGUGUGUCUGGGCGUCAGGAGCAGCAGUACCUGGAGGAGGAGAGGACCAGGGUUCUGUCCAGGGUGGAUAAGCUGAAACACAGAGUCACAGAGCUGGAGCAGCAGCUACAGGAGUCCAGACAGGAGGCGGAGAUGGAGAGGGCUCUGCUGCAGGGGGAGAGGCAGGCUGAGCAGGAGCAGGUCGAGGCAGAGACAGAGAUCAUCUCUCAGCUCCAGUCUAAACUCAGCCAGCUGGACAGGGCCACCCAGAGGGAGAAAGACAAGGGGAGGGCUAAUGUGUCUACUGAGCGGCAGCUGCUGGAGAGACUUCAUGAGGGGUACAGUGAGAUGAAGAGCCAGGUUCAUAACUGUCCUGAAUCUCUGAGGGAACAGUUACAGGAGCAGCUACGGAGGGAGGCAGAUGCGCUUGAGGUGGGGACCAAGCAAUUUGAGGACUUGGAGUUCCGUCAACUGGAGAGAGAGAGCGGUCUGGAGGAAGAGAAGGAGACGCUCAGCAGACAGCUGCUCCUGGAAAGGGCCGAGUACCACCGCAGCGUGGCCAAGAGAAAGGAGAAGAUGGCUGCUCUGGAGGUGCAGGCCAACCAGUUAGGGGUGCAGGCAGCUCAGGACUGUGAGAGGAUGGCUAAAGACAGGACCCUGGCCCUACAGCUGCUUCAUAAAGAGAAGGACAGGCUGUCCACUCUGGAGAAGAGAUACCACACUCUGACAGGAGGACGGAGCUUCCCCAAGCCCUGCAGCACCAUGAAAGAGGAAGUACCAGUGCUGCAUAUCAGCGAACCUGACCUGGUACAGGGGGAGGUUGUCCCUCCUCCACAUCCUCCCUGCCCUCCUCCUGCCUCCUUCUCUUCUUCCUCCUCAUACACCCCCUCCCCUGACCUCUGUCCCACCAGGCCACAGGAGGAGUACCUCAGGCUCGCUGAUGUCUAUAAGAUGUAUGGGAGCGGUGGUCCUCUCCCGACCUACUCUACCUCCCCUGCUCCUCACUGCCUCUCUCUCACUGUUGCUGCAGCAGCUCUGCCCGGCGAGGAAUACGUCACAGUUAGUCAGUUAAGCCAGAUGUUGGGGAUGCAGAAACGUGGCCCCUCCUCCGCACUUUCUAUCCAGUCAUUCCAGCUUGCGCUCGCUGAUGCUGCCUUCUCCUGCCACACAACUCCAUGUGACACCUCCCCCACUAUCUCAGUUGAGAGCCAGCCUGAGUGGAUUAGACCUCACAACCCGGCCCUUAACUUAGAGCGCUGGUACCAGGACAUAAUGUCAGCAGGGGAGCCCCACCACCAGUCAUGCCCUCCCCCUCUCCCUGCUAAGUCUCACUCCUCACGCAGAUCUAGCCAGGUGUACCGGUCAAAACCAGAUGGUGAUGUAGGUCAGACAGCAUCAUGCUCAAGUAGUGUCAAUGGUAGUGCCAGCCCUCCACAGUCCAAUGGGGUUACACUGGGCCGAAGCACACCCAUCAAGGGUCUCCAGCUGGUGUCCAGGGAGCUGUCGGCAUCAGGCCCUCCAGACAUGGUGAUGGACACCAGGAGACAGCUGUCACUGCAGAGCAAAGGCCCUUCUCCCAUGGUCCACCACUCCAUCCUGCACCACCAGACACCCCCCUCAGGGGACCCGCAGUACGACACCCUCAGCCUGGAGAGCUCUGACAGCGUCGAGACCUCCGUCUCCACCGGCAACAACUCUGCCUGUUCUCCAGAAAGUGGCAGUGGGCUUGAGGCCCUGAGGAUCGAGGAGAUGGAGAAGAUGUUGAAGGAGGCUCAGCAGGAGAAAGCCAGGCUGGUGGAGAGCAGAGUGUGUACAAACAACAUGUCUCCCACCAACACCAAUGGAGCAUAUAACCUACAGAUAAUUAUGGAGAGGGAGGUGCAGGCGCGGAGGCAGAUGUUGGAGGAGGAGCGGAGGAGGCGCGAGGAGGCCGAGAGGAGGUUGCAGGACGAGACGACCCACAGGCAGAGACUGGUGGAGGAGGAGGUGAAGAUGAGAGAGAAGCACUUCUCUCAGGCCCGCCCCAUGACACGCUACCUACCCAUCAGGAAGGAGGAGUUUGACUUGCGUUCGCACGUGGAGUCAUCGGGUCACAACGUAGAUACCUGUCCCUACGUCAUCCUCUCAGAGAAGAUGUGCAAGGGACACCUGGUCAAGAUGGGUGGCAAGAUCAAGUCGUGGAAGAAACGCUGGUUUGUCUUCGACCGCCUCAAGAGGAACUUCUCCUACUAUGCUGAUAAGCAUGAGUCCAAGCUGAAAGGACUGAUCUACUUUCAGGCUAUAGAGGAAGUGUACUACGAUCACCUGCGCAGUGCCACUAAGAGCCCCAACCCGUCGCUGACCUUCUGUGUGAAGACUCACGACCGGCUCUACUUUAUGGUGGCCCCAUCUCCAGAGGCCAUGAGGAUCUGGAUGGACGUCAUAGUAACCGGGGCGGAGGGAUACACACAGUUCAUGACCUGAGGGACUGAGCUCUCCGGGUGACAGACCUUCCAACCGGGUUGUGUUUGUUAGGGCAUGUAAUGGAAAAACAUUUUUAAACCAUUUGCAACAGAAAACAAAAAUGUUAGUUUAUUUUUGGACAAGUCCUAGUAGUUCCUCUAUGUUUCAGUCCUUCUUCUUCCGUUUGGUGCCUAAUGAACAUGACCCAGGAGAGAGAGAGACCAUGGGCUUGCUGCUCCCAGAUUUCUGUCUGCAGCGCUGCACUCCACUACUGCUGUUCUUUGAGUCCUUGUUUAUUUGGCCUUUAUUUAACUGUGCAAGUCAGUUAAUAAGAACAACAUUUUUUUUCAAUGACUGGCUAGGAACAGUGGGUUAACUGCCUUGUUCAGGGGAAGAAUGACAGAUUUUUACUUUGUCAGCUCGGGGAUUCGAUCUUGCAGCCUUUCGGUUACUAGUCCAACGCUCCAACCACUAGGCCUACCUGCCACCCCUGUACAGUUCAGACGUAUAGAUCUCUGUAACUCACAUGGAUAGGACUCACAUGGAUUGGAUGCAAAGUUAUCCAAUAUACAGGUAACUGCAUAAAUUAAAGGAAACACUUGAGAAAAUUUGUGAUAAUUAAGCAAUUAACAUCCCAUCAUGCUUAGGGUCUUGUACAGUAUAAAAAUGCCUGGUUGCCGAUUAUUUUGCUAUGUUGGCUAGAAUAGGAGAUCUCAGUGACUUUGAAAGAGGGCUCUCAAAGGAGCACUGCCUCCCGAGGGGCACAGCAGUCUAAGGCACUAGGUGUGUCACUACAGAUCCUGGUUCGAUUUCAGGCUGUGCCGCAGCCGGCUGCGACCGGAUGACCCAGCGUCAUGGUUCAGCGUUGUCUGGGUUAGGGGAGGGUUGGGCUGGCCGGGAUGUCCUUGUCCCUUGUCUCUCUAGCAACUCCUGUGGUGGGCUGGGCGCAUGCAGUGCGACUUGGCGGGGUCGUGUUUUGGAGGAUGCACAGCUCUCGACUUUCGCCUCACCCGAGUCCGUACAGGAGUUGCAGCGAUGGGACAAGACUGCAACUACCAAUUGGAUACCAUGAAAUUGGGGGGAAAAAUAAAGAAGCAUAUGGAGUUUAGAGGGUGUGUGUGUGUGUAAGUCGCUCUGGAUAAGAGCGUCUGCUCAAUGACUAAAAUGUAAAUGUAUAUAUAUAUAUCUCAGUCACCAGAUCUCAACCCAAUUGAACACUAAUGGGAGAUUCUGGAGUGGCGCCUGAGACAGCGUUUUCCACCAUCAUCAACAAAACACCAAGUGAUGGAAUUUCUCGUGGAAGAAUGGUGUUGCAUCCCUCCAAUAGAGUUCCAGACACUUGUAGAAUAUAUGCCAAGGUGCAUUAAAGCUGUUCUGGCGGCUCGUGGUGACCCAAUGCCCUAUUAAGACUCUUUAUGUUGGCGUCUCCUUUAUUUUGGCAGUUACCUGUAGCUUUCCAGAGGUAGCCCUGGGUCUCAGACCAGUAAAGAUCAUAAAGGAAGAAAGGUUUUACAUACGAUACUUAAAGGGAUGUGUUUUUACUCACUCUGUUUAUUAUAAUAGUCAGUUUAAGGGCUCUAUUCAGUCCAUAUCGCAGAAGUUCAGCAUUACAGGGUGAUUGAAAUGUAAAGGCAAUGUUCCUGCAUUAGCGGAGACUACAUUCAUGGUAAACAUGACGGCUUCGUCUGAAAUUACUUUUACAUUUCUAACGCUUCAGCGACACAGAUUGAAUAGAGCCCCUAAGCGCUGUAUUUAUAUUAUAGAAUUUUAGCCAGACUAGCUAAAUGAGAGUUUAUACUACCUGACUGUCUCUGGAUCUAUAAAGGGAACUUUAUAAAGACAAUAUGAAAAUUUGUAAAGGAUCAUUUCUCUUUUUUGUUGCCAAAUGUGUUUAACAGAGUGUAUGUGCUACUAUAUUGCCUCUGAAAAUAAUUCCUAUUUUAUUGAAUUUGUCUAAUAUUUGAUUAACUAUAAGUCAUCAUAUUAAUGGCAUAUUAUUUAGAUUUCACUCAUUCUGAUGAAAUCUAAAUCUUUGUGCCAGCUAUUGUAUGCUUUAUGUAUGUUUGGUCAGACUGUCAGAAGAAUUGUAUUAGUUUUUUAUAUUAUUUUAAAGACUUUUCAUAUGGAAAAUAACAUAACACAAGCACACCAACAUUUAAAACCAGUCUUCUACACCGCGAACAGGGCGGUACUGACAGUGUUGACACUUUCUCCACAUAAACACUUUUAAAUAAAAUGUGCAAAUGCAUAAUUA